CAGCCUCAUACCGAUCGCUAAACCUCAUGCGAAGAAUUCGUUCACACAAAUCACGUUCAAAUCUUCUCAAAGCAAUCUUUAAGGUGAAUCAAGAUCGUCAGCCAUGACGGCAGCUAUUACCACUGGCCUAGGAAUGGCCGUACUCGGUUUCGGUGGGCGUGUGGUCUUGAGACAAAUGCCUCGAAUGCACCAGAGCUUGAGGCCCAUCUGGCCGAACCUUUCAGUCCUUAACCGACAGACAUGGGCCAAUGCCAAAUACUAUAAAGGCGGUUUUGAGGUCCAGAUGAGUCGAAGUGAGGCUGCGCUCAUUCUGGGAGUGAGCCCGCGGGCGCCCUUGAAAAAGAUUAAAGAGUGUCACAAGCGAGUGAUGCUGUUGAACCAUCCCGAUCGGGGUGGAUCUCCUUGCAUUGCAGCCAAAAUCAAUGCGGCCAAGGAUAUUCUGGACAAAGCGGGUAGAUCUUUCUGAAGAAUACGUCUUCAUUGUCAACGGUGACUACGAAUGUACAACUGUUUUACUUGUACUGUGAUAUCAAGUGAUAUACAGGCACUUCUCUCAAAAA